GCAUGAUGGUGGGCCUUUCAAACAUUUGCGCUUUGCUGAUACUCAUGGCCUUCUAGGGCCCUAAUCAGUUAAGUUGGUCACAUCUUCAGGGUCCUCAUAAAAUAUGUUUGUGUCAAGCAGUAUUCAUGCUAAUCACGCUGAUUUAAUUCAUGAUGUAGCCUAUGAUUUCUAUGGUCGACGCAUGGCAACUUGUAGUAGUGAUCAAAUGAUUAAAAUUUGGGAUUUAAAGGACAAUGAAGAAUGGGUAUGCACUGCUUCAUGGCGAUGUCAUUUAGGAUCAGCAUGGCGUGUUACUUGGGCACAUCCUGAAUUCGGUCAGGUUAUCGCUACCUGUUCAUUCGAUCGUACAAUAGCUGUAUGGGAGGAAAUAGCAGGCACUCAAACCAUAACAAGUGGUGGUGAAAAUGAUGGUGGUACCAAUCAAACUCCUUCAACUGUAACGAACAUUACAUAUGGAAGUCAGUCAGCAAACACUAAUUGGAUAAGACGUGCCUACCUUGUUGAUCCACGUACUUCUGUGACUGGUCUACAAUUCGCUCCAAGACAUCUAGGUCUUCAGUUGGCUGCUAUUUCUACAGAUGGCAUGUUGCGAAUUUAUGAAGCACUGGAUGUUAUGAAUUUAAGUCAGUGGCGUUUACAGUUUGAUUUCGGUACUAAAAUGGCUGGAUCAUGUUUAGCAUGGUCUCAGUCACGUCUUGAUCCACCUUUAAUUGCUGUUGGCAGCGUUAGUCCUAAUGAUCCAGAUACUGCGGAUAAUUCAGACGGUUUACCAGCACAUCAUUCUAUGUCUCAUUCAACAGCGCAUCCAACAAAUACUCUAGUGAACGGUAAACUUAUCCUUUAUGAAUAUUCUGAAGCUAGAAGGCAUUGGUAUCUUGUGGAAGAUGUGCAUGCACUGAAUGAUCCUAUUUACGAUGUAUCAUUCGCUCCACAUAUGGGUCAAUCAUAUCAUACAUUAGCUGUUGGAUCUAAAGAAUUGUAUAUAUUAAGAAUUAGACCGUUUAACUCCAAUCAAUCUUCUAAUUCAAUGUUGAAAAAUGAUAAUUCUAGUUCCAAUAAUUUGUCAUUGUCAAGAUCGAAUCUACCUAUACGUAAUCCGUAUGAAAUUAGAAUGAUGGCACGUUUCGAUCAUCAUGAAGGACGAGUUUGGCAUGUUUCUUGGAAUGUAACUGGUUCUUUACUUGCAUCGUCUGGCGAUGAUGGUUGUGUACGACUUUGGCAAGCUAAUUAUCUUGGUGUAUGGCUUCCAGUCUCAGUUAUUAGUCCAGAUGGUAGUCGUUGUGCUACAAUACCUAAUGGACAAAAUAGUCUAUCAAAUUGUAUACUAAAAUCAUGUUCUUCAGGUCCACUGAAGCCAUCAUCUGUUUCAUCAUCAGCUUCACCUAUUCGUUUAUCGAAUUCCACAACUCAAAUCAAACAAAAUGAACAUGUUAUGGAUCAUACUGAACAAACGUCGAACACUAAUCUACCUAAAGGGUCGCUUCAUGGAUGUACAGUUCCAUUUCAGAAAUUAGCUCCAAUUCCAAAUCCAAAUCAACCUGGUGUAUGGCAUUAAAUAGAUUAAAGCUUUAGAUGUCUUAAUUUCAUGUUUUACAUUGUAUAUUUCUUUCUUAUCACUUCUGUUAAAUAGAAUAUCUAUUGUUGUAAUAAUUAAAAGAAAUGAAUUUAUGAUAACAACAAUAAAAAUAAAUUGAAAUCAUAUUUUGUGUAUAAUACUUUUCUUAUCGUUGACAUUGUCUACGAGAUAUGACUGGAUAUAUAUAUAUAUAUAUAACUUUAGUUCAUCUGUUGAUCCAAAUAGGUUAUUAUUUCUUCUAUGGGUUUGGAAAUUGUCAUCAAAUUGUUACUUAUGAAUGCUUACAGUAUGUAAAUGAAGUAUGUUGAUCUUGUGGAAACAAAACUCAGACAUAAAACUAAGUAUUUGGAGAUUUUUAAAAAAUUAUAAAAGCGUUGAACAGUAAAUAAGAAAGAUUCGGUAUGUAAUUUAAAACUGUUACAUUCUACCUACAAAUUUGUAUCAUAAUUGAAAGCAUUAUUUUUGUAUGACACAUCAACUGCAUACUUGUAUCCAUUUACUUUUUUGAUUGGGAUUAGUUAUUUAAAAGUCUGUUAAACCUUAAAGUUGACAACGAAGAUUAUUAUUCUGUUAUUUCAAGAGUUAUAUAACUAUUUUGAUAUUCCAUUUUCGUUAGUCUAGUCUUAUCUUUUUUGGUGAUGAUUUGUAUUCGCCAACUGAUUCGACGGCGUUUUUGUACGAAGUGUAAGGUUAACUUCUUUAAAAGUUGAUAUAUACUACAGCAAUUCAAUGAGAUUUUGUUUUCUUCAUUCCUCAACAUGCAAACAGGUUUAAUUUAUUGACUUGUAAUAUGUAUAUCAGUCCAUUAACGCUUUAUGACUUUUGUUUCCUAGUAAAUGUCCCAUAAAUUUUCCAGAAAAUUGGUAAAGUUAGUGCAUUCGAUAAAUAAAGCCUUG